AUGAAGAAAGCAACAAUGUCAAGCCUUCCCCGAGAGGUCGAAGAAAAAAUACUGUUAAGGUUACCAGUGAAAUCCAUCUUCCGUUUCAAGUCCGUAUGCAAGAGUUGGUAUACAUUAAUUUGUAGUCCUAAAUUUGCCAAGGAUCACCUUAGUCUUACGGAAAAAAGACCUAGACUCAUCAUGAUCAGAAAUACCAACCGAUGGCUCGAUAAAGGUAUGUUUUAUUCGAUAGACUAUGCAUCCCUAUUAUCAGCGUCCUCAUCAUCGUCGUCGUCAAGCACAUGCAAGCGUGAAGGAGCAGUUCCAAUGGACGAUCCAGUGAAGGGAGAACUUUUAAAUACUUGUUUUUACAUUAAGAUGUUUGCAUCUUGUAAUGGCUUGCUUUGUUUAAACUUUAAUGGGAAUCGUACACUGAUUCUCUGGAACCCAUAUACUAAAGAAUCUCAGAAAAUUAUACUACCAAGCUGUGUGCCUUGGCCAGUUACUAAAGGUUAUGGAUUUGGUUACAGUAGCAGAAUAAAUAACUACAAGUUUGUACAUAUAGAUCGGGAUGAAGUUUAUGUAUACACGUUGGGAUCAGAUGAAUGGAGAAGAGUCAAUGCCAGCACCAUUUGUGAUUUUUAUUACGAAGGUUUGGAUCUUAAUGGUGUUCUUCAUUGGUUGGGUACUACGGCCAUCGGCGAUUUCUCCAAACCGACCAAGCUAAUAGUUGCUUUUGAUUUGAGCAGUGAGACGUACAUGAAUUUGCCUUUACCAGAAGAAUCUAUAAUGCUACAUCCAGAUGGUAGUUGUGACCUCAAGCUCAAAGUGUUGGGAGAUUCCCUUUGCUUAGUUUGUGGUGUCCCUGAUGUUCAAGUUGAUGUAUGGGUUAUGCAAAAUUAUGGAGUGACAGAAUCUUGGACCAAGCAAUUCACCACUAGGCAAGUAGGAAUUACUGAGCAUCCUUAUUUCUUAGAGUUCCAUUGGUCUUUCGAUAGCGGUGAGAUUCUAAUACAGUUCCUGGAGCAUUUAUUUUUAUACGACCAAGAGAACGAUAGAAUCAGGAGGCUGAAUAUCAAUGGUACCGAUGAUAAAUUUUCUAGCGUGGAAAUGAAGAGUUACGCGGAGAACUUGGUUUCACUAACUUGCAAUCGUAAUUUAUUCAUUUAG